AUGAGUGCUUCAGAAAACCCUAUUAUUGAUGAGACCACUGAGGGCAAAGCUUCUUCUUCUUCUUCCCCAUCCUCAUCAACAACGUUAAAACUAUUCGGUUUCCUAUUAACCCCAGCUGGUAACAUUAAUAACUAUGAAGAUAUUAAUCACAUGCCAGCAACUAGCACCAAUAUUCCUUAUAAUACUACUUACAAGAGUCGAUUCACAUGUUACUUUUGCUACCGCGAAUUCGCGAAUUCUCAAGCUCUUGGUGGCCAUCAAAAUGCGCACAAGAAAGAGCGCAAAAUAGCCGCGCUUUCAUCCUUCGGAUACUACCAUCAUCAUCCACGGUUCAUAGCACCUUCCCCAUUAAUCGUGGUUCCGCACGGAGGAUCAUCAUCAUCAUCAUCAGGACCGUUGGUUCAUCCACGUGGGGGGCCACGCCAUAAUCAUCCUCCAAUGGGUGCAAGCAUGGGAGAACAACAGAAUAAUAAUAAUAUUGUUGUUGAUGAUGCUGAUGGUGAUGUUGAUCUUAACUUGAGUUUGGCUCACAGUACUACAACUUCCAAAUUCAGGGGCAAGAAAAUUGCCAAGAGGAGGAGAACUUGA